UUGACGCGCUUUUCAUGCAAGGCUACCUUGCAAUGGCAUUGAGGCAAAUCUAGAGCCUCCCUCUUUUCCUUCACAACCUCCAUCUCUGUCGCUGUCUCUUACGCAGCAAGGCUGGUCUCCCCGCGAAUCUCUCGAGCUUUCCGGAUUCCCGAAGUGAUGUAUGGUCAAAGAAGGUGGUUGACCCGUUCCCUCUCUGAUCCUACCUUACCUUCAUCUUGGACACGCCGGGCGCCGUCCUCUACCAUUUCUUCUCAUCCUACUUCAGAUAGCCUUCAAGACACCCGUCCUGGUGGUCUUCCCCAGUCAUUGUUGAACACCCAGCCGACGUCGACGUCGCCUAUCGAACCAAGCGCUACCAAUCUGGCUUCCGUAUCGAAUUCGACUACCUUGAAACAACAUGGGCAACCACCCACCCUGAACGAUGGCCAACUGACCCCUCAGCGUCUCCCGCAGCGGACUGCAACCCUGAAAGACGAGACACGUGCUUGUCGCCAGGCUGGCCCUGCACAUCCCUCCCGUCACCCCAAAAAUUCCAGUGAUCCGACGGCCCAGGGAACGUCGAAACAUUCGAAGAGAUCCUCGCACAAAUUCACCGUUCCCUCUCUCUCGAACGUCUAUACCCCACAUCUAUUCGAGAUAAGGUUGACGCCUGUGAAUAGACGAGUGCCAAAGCAUCUUCGACCUACAGCAUCGUUUACCAACCUUGGAGGUGACUCCAUUGAUCCCUCUCAGCAAUCUACCCCCCGAUCAUUCGAUGUUCGCGUUGAGAUUCCACCGCGGAAACGCAAACUGGAUGUGAAAUCUUCGCAUCACACGAAGCCACAGGAACCAAAAUGCCCCUCCGGCAAUGCGCCACCGCCUACCAGUUUACUUCUCGGCAUUAAAUCCCCCAACACCCCACUCUCCCCUAAAGCCGACCGUCUAGCGUCCCCGACAAUGGGUCCUCCAUCUGCUCACCCCCAACAAGAGUCUGAGUUGGAUAUGCAAGCGACCAUUCGUAUUAUCAAAUCUCCAUCGAGUGCAUGUCCGGAGAACAACCCCUUCCUGACAGAGCCCAAUGAGACAGCAUCAGAGGAAUCUGUCAAAAUAGACCUGUCCGAAAGCACCGACCAUGGCGAAGAGCAGGUCAUCCCUGAACCCGACGUCCCUGAAACGAAGGUGGAGACUUCGGUGAGACUCGAAGCGGAGACGCGAGGUCGAGGCGCAGGUUAAGGCGAGCUUGGGAGUGACCGAGAAAAGGGAGUCUGAAACGGAAGAAUGUGCGGAUAGAGAGGAUCCUGUCGUCCCUGAUUUCCCGCUCG